AUGUUUCCGAUUGGAAUGCAUGUCGAGAUCAAAAGGAGUGACGGCCGCGUUCACGGGGCAGUAAUCAUAGAAGUGAAACCAGAGGGACAAUACGAGGUCGAAUGGUACGAGAAGGGUGAGACGAAAUUAAAAGAAUUUUCUAUGGACGAACUUCUGACAUUGAAUCCAACUCUGCAAACUCCUAAGCCAACACCUGUUCAGCCACCACCACCUCAGAAAACACUUCAGACGUCAACAGAUAACAUUAAUCAAUCUUAUCCCCAGCAAGAAGUUUCUCCUUCAAACGGAAAUUUUGCGUUUGCGGAAAUGAUUCGUAAUUAUAGGGCACAGAUUGACUACCGCCCACUUGGAAUGUUUGACAGUGUGAAUGAGAAUCGCAUUUCGGUUUGUCUGAGAAAACGUCCUUUGAAUACAAAAGAGCUGACGAAAAAUGAAGUAGAUGUUAUCACUAUUCCUUCUCGUGAUAUCACAAUUCUCCAUCAACCACAAACACGUGUCGAUUUGACAAAGUGCCUGGACAAUCAGAAGUUUAGAUUCGACUACUGUUUUGAUGAGUACGGAAAUAACGAACUUGUCUACCGAUUCACUGCUGCUCCACUUGUCAAAACUAUUUUCGAAAACGGUAAUGCCACUUGCUUCGCCUAUGGUCAGACUGGUACUGGAAAAACUCACACAAUGGGCGGAGACUUCUCUGGAAAAAAGCAAAACGCUUCAAAGGGAAUUUAUGCUUUGACAGCAAGGGAUGUCUUCCAUAUGCUGGACCAACCACAGUACCGUGGAAAGUAUCUCUCCGUUCACUGCGCGUUUUUCGAAAUUUACGGAACAAAGACAUUCGACUUGCUCAAUGAAAGAGCAGAGCUUGUAAUGCAGCUCAAUAAUUUGAUCUCUCAAUGGAGCCAGUGA